AACUCAGACUUUCUACCCCACUCUCCUUUUCUCUAUCUCCACGAGCAGCUUCGAAAGUGCGUCACUUAGGAAAGCCUUUUCCAGCAGCCCAGGGGCGGGAUCCUGCAGAAAUGUUUGAUGGGGUUCCCUCCUUGGAAGUCCUAUAUUGGAAAGGUAGCGACGUGUGAAAAGAGAUUGCAAAGCUGGGACGCGCUGAGGCUGCGCGUGUCUCUUUCGCCGCAAGAGAAAGAAGAGAACAGGAGGAGCAUUUAAUCACAUAGGGGAAGUGGAGGGACAGCUGACAGCAUUGCCUCUAGGCUGGGGAUCACCAGGGAUGGGAAGAUGCCCCUGGAGGUGAAAUGGCCAUUUCCUCAGGCCCCAAGUCUGGCAUGGAAUUUGGCCAGCAGGGUGAUCAUGGGAUUGGUGGGUACCUAUAGCUGCUUCUGGACCAGAUAUGUAAACAAGCUGAAUAUCCAUAAUGAAGAAGUUCUUUAUGACCUAAUCGAGAAGCCGGUUGGUCCUUGGGGGGAGAACUGACAGACAUUGGUAGUCAGGACGUACCUACUGGGUAUCCUGAGAUUACGACACGUCUGGAACUUGCAGAAGAUGCGGUGGACUCCAACAGCUGCAGAUAUCUGCUUUACCAAGGAGCUGCAUUCUCAUUUCUUUAGCCUUGGGCGAUGUGUUCCUGUCUGUCGGGGAGAUGGAGUCUACCAGAAAGGCAUGGACUAUAUACUAGAGAAGCUAAACCGUGGUGACUGGGUGCACAUGUUCCCAGAAGGUAAAGUGAACAUGACCCAGGAGUUCAUGCGCUUCAAAUGGGGUAUUGGGCGUCUUCUGGCUGAGUGCCGUCUGCACCCCAUUAUACUGCCACUCUGGCAUAUAGGAAUGAAUGAUGUACUCCCCAAUACACCCCCUUAUGUGCCCCAGGUUGGACAGAAAAUUACCGUGUUAAUUGGGAAGCCAUUCAGUGUCCGCCCAUUGCUAGAGCGUCUGCGGGCAGAAAACAAGUCGGCGAUGGAGAUGCGCAAAGCCCUGACUGAUUUCAUUCAGGAGGAGAUCCAGGCCCUAAAGGAACAGGCUGAAAGACUGCAUCAGACUUUCAAGCUACAGAGCUAGUGUUGACUAGACUAAGCAGAAGCUCUGUUACUGAAACAUGGAUUAUGCAGUUGUGGUCUAUGGCAAGAAAUGUAGUCUUUGCACGGACUACUUUUAACUCAUCGCUUUUAAGUUAAAUUUUCUCAUUUCUCCAUCUACCGAUACCAUCCACACACCCUGCUGCAGAUGGAGUGGCAUUGCAUGCAGAAGAUUGGAUGAAGGCUUCAAUACCCCUUGUUGAGCUUCAGGCUCUCCUGACUGUACUGCUUUGGUGUCUGCCUCCCAAAGGGAGGGACUUGCAAUGGCUACUGUAUGUAGUUCCCUCUUGCUAGAACCUAGAGGUGCUGGGACAAUUGCUGGUAAUGCAAGAACAGGAAGAGGAAGGGAUGGGGGAAGGAAAUCUGUCUCCAUCCUCUUGCAGAUAUCUCCACUCAUUGGAGGAAUACAUAAUGCAUUUUGUAAAUUUCCUCUUUUUGUAGAAUAUUGGUUUGCAAAUGGUUUUAUACUUGAAACUUCCCCAAUAAAUGAUUCACACCUGUU